GAGUCCUUUCUAGCGUGCUGAUUGGCGUGGUUAGAAGGACAUAAUACAGACCUCCAACACGCCCCACAGGGCCACCCAAGCAAGGACACGUUCAUGUUAGAGAAACUGCUGCACGGAAAACGUAAAUAUUUACAGUUGCAAAGGUAUUACAGUUUAAAGUUGCCGCAGCUUGCCUGAGCUCAAGACGCAUUCACAAACAAGCCCAGUGUGAACAGGCCUCCCCUCUCUCUCUAGUGGUUCACAACCGACUGUCCUCCUCUUCCUCUCCUCCGCCGGGGUCGGCAUGUCUGCGGCCGGCCUGGCCCACCUGGCUAGGCGCGGCCCCCAGGGUCCGCUCCGAGGCCUGCUCCAGCUGGCCCUGCCCCUCCACACCCAGGACCCCCCUCUCCUACGCCCCCUCCACGCCCCCUCCUCCCCGCGGCCCAGCAACACGCGCUUCGACCCCGACAGCAGCGGCCGGCCCACCACCUGGGAUUCCUUCGGGAUCUGGGACAACCGCAUCGACGAGCCCAUCCUGCUCCCUCCCAGCAUCCGCUACGGGAAGCCCAUCCCCAAGGUCAGCCUGUCCAAGGUGGGCUGCUGCUCGCUGAUUGGCCAGCGCCGGGAGAACGAGGAUCGCUUCCAGGUGUCGCAGGUGACCAACAACAUCCUGUACUUCGCUGUGUUCGACGGCCACGGAGGGCCUCAGGCGGCCGACUUCUGCGACAAGUACAUGGAGAAGUACAUCAAAGAUCUUGUGGCUGAGGAGGCAGACCUGGAGGUGGUUUUAACCACGGCCUUCCUGGAGCUGGACAAAGCCCUGGCUAGACACCUCCACUUCUCCCCUGACGCGUCAACGCUGUCGGCGGGCUCCACGGCGACGGUGGCGUUGCUACGGGAUGGCAUUGAGCUGGUGGUGGGCAGCGUGGGAGACAGCAGGGCCAUGCUCUGCCGCAAGGGCAAGGCCCUGAAGCUGACCCUAGACCACACCCCCGAGAGGAAGGAGGAGAAGGACAGGAUCAGGCAGAGUGGAGGCUUCGUCACCUGGAACAGCCUGGGCCAGCCCCACGUAAACGGCCGGCUAGCCAUGACACGCAGCAUUGGAGACUUCGACCUAAAGACCACCGGAGUGAUCGCUGAGCCUGACACCAGGAGGACCACGCUGAACCAUGUUCACGACUCGUUCCUGGCGCUGACCACCGACGGCAUUAACUUCAUCAUGAACAGCCAGGAGAUCUGUGAUGUCAUCAACCAGUGCCACGACCCCAAGGAGGCUGCCCAGAGGAUAUCAGACCAGGCACUGCAGUAUGGCUCGGAGGACAACAGCACCAUCAUCGUGGUCCCGUUUGGGGCCUGGGGCAAACAGAAGAGCUCCGACGCCAGCUUCUCUUUCAGCCGAAACUUUGUCUCCAGCGGCCGCUGGGCCUAGCGGGGGGCUGGCGGGGGGUCAAGGAGGCUAGCGGAGGUCAGGGUGGGGUAGGGAGAGCACUGGGAAGGUUGGGACUGGAGAUGUUGGGGCAGGUGGUACGACAGGAUUCCUUUAUCAGAAUGCAAUAGUCUCAAUGUUAGAGAUCGCCCUCUUCUGGACAACAUGUUAACAACAGCUCAACCCCUCACCCCAUACCCAGCUCCACCCUUCACCCAUGUCUAGCUCCACCCAUACCCAGCUCAACCAUUCACCCAUGUCCAGCUCCACCCAUACCCAGCUCCACCCUUCACCCAUGCCCAGCUCCACCCAUGUCCAGCUUCACCCAUGUCCAGCUCCACCCCUCACCAUGCCCAGCUCCACCCCUCACCAUGCCCAGCUCCACCCCUCACCCAUGUCCAGCUCCUCACCCAUGCCCAGCUCCACCCCUCACCCAUGUCCAGCUCCACCCAUGUCCAGCUUCACCCAUGUCCAGCUCCACCCCUCACCAUGCCCAGCUCCACCCCUCACCAUGUCCAGCUCCACCCCUCACCCAUGUCCAGCUCCACCCCUCACCAUGCCCAGCUCCACCCCUCACCAUGUCCAGCUCCACCCCUCACCCAUGUCCAGCUCCACCCCUCACCAUGUCCAGCUAUCGGACGAUGGCACAGCUGGGAUAGGGGGCGGGCUGGUACUGAGGAAUGUUUCAUUUUAAGAAAGGCACUUUUUUUCCGUCUGUCCUGCAAGGUGCUCGUGACUGAACACGAGGAUCAUGUAUCCAGACUCCAUACCUGGACCCUCUGUGAUGGGGCUGGUGUGUGUCAUAGGAGGGGCUUGUAAUCAACAAUGCACUUUGUAUCUCCAGACAACAGCGUACUCUGUGUAGGUAUAUGACUGUACCUACGUCCUACUGGACUUAAUUGUAAUUUAACAUUUUGAUUUUGCUUUUUGUCUUUUAUUUUUGAACCGUGUUUAAUCCAUUGUUGGGAAGUCAGUUUACUAGUCUCUAGAAUUGAAGCACUUGUAAGUGUUGAGUCCAGGACGAUGGACUUGGAACUGAGAGAGUGGGGAUAGGCGGUGCGACUUACUGUUAAAAAAAAGUUAUAUUGAAUAAGAAAAGACAAACGCUAAACUCUGGCCUCGCUCAAUCAAAUAGGCUAUUAUCAAAUGUAACGCAGAGACAUUGCACUAAUGUGGUUACAUGGACAACGGCUCUGCAAAAUCAUUACAGAAGUCCAAGGUUGUAGGAUUUGAGUUUGUAGUAUAAAAUGUUUUGUUGGAUUUUGUUGGAUGUCCUUAUUUUACGCCGCAUAAUGUAAGGCGGAGGCCCACGCAAUUGCACAAGCCUUAACGAUAUGGUAUAUUUGUGUAGUGUUUGAGCAACUUGUUAAAAUUCGGCCAAAAGGAACCUCACCCGACAGCAUUCCAGUUAGAUCAGCUUUAUAGACAGGUAACAAGGAAUAUCCUACAAUGACAGAGUUCGUCGAAAACACCGUCCUUGUUUGGCGUACGCUGCUAGAACAACUAUGUCCAAAUGAACAAGAUGAAUACAAAGUGACUUUGACAGGUGUCCAAGUGUGUUGGGGAACAUAAGUUGGUUAUUGAUAUGAUACAAAUUGAUACAAUUAUUUUGUAAACAUGUUUUAACUUGUACAUAUAAUUAUGUAUAUUUUUCAGAUGGCAGGAAACCUAAACUGUUGGCUACUGUUUUGUAAGUGUAUAAUGUUUCUCAGCUAUCUGAAAUAUUAAACGGUAAUCUUAUACAAGAUCCCAUGCCAUGUCUACAGCUUCGUGAGGUCUGCUUCCUGUAGUGAUCUUUUUGAGGCGCUUGAAGCAGUUGGUAGCAUGUUGUACUGGCAGGACAGAGAUGGGCUCAGUUCAGGUGUCAAGGUGUGACUGUUGAACUGAAACCGGGAUUCAUAUUGGGUUACCUGGUAGAUUCGACGGAAAAUCUCAAAUUUCUCCACGAGUCAUUCUCACUCUCUUAAAUGUGAAUGUCGGUUGAAAUUUCGUCAACCUCGUCCUGAAAAUGGCUCAGUUGAAGUAAUUGCAUAAUUAAAAAUGUCAGCGCUAUUUUCAGCUGUAAGGAAAUUAUUCACAUUUUAGUUUUUUUUUUUCCUCCACACUUUAGCUUAGAAUCAACACAUCCGAUACCCGUGCCUCGCUUCAAAUGUGUUCUUCCAACUUCUUACAGAGUUUCUGCAAUCACAUGUUAAAUAUAGUUGUUGAUAUGGAUAAAAAAUAUCCAGGAAUGUAUUUAUCCUGCAUUGUGUUUGAGCCACGGUACAUACAGUGUUGAACUCGUGUGUUAUGAUGAUUUUCGUUGUUCAACGUUUGCAUCCUGUGUAAUAACUUGCUUAACCUCCCGUUUGUUACGCGCGCCUAUUGGGCUACUAGGCUAUAGGCCUCAAGUAUGUUUCUGUUCAUUAAGGUCCUCAGUCUCGUGUCGGUAUAGUGGCACCGUCAUCAGCAGAGGCAACAGUCAUGGAUCUUAAAACGUACACUAUUGUGUAGGGUGAUUUGGAUUUGACACCACUAGGGGAAAUGUUUUCUGUUGUAGCGGAAGGGUGAGUUAAACCCCGUGUUUUAGGUCUGUAGGCCUACAAACUGUCACGAACACCUUGUCUUCAUUCACCUUGGUCGUUCAUGUUUUGUACCGUUGUAUAAGUCUUCUAAAUAAUAAAAACUAGCCUACCAGAAAA